UGUAACGUAAGCAGGUCAGCGCUGUUGGGUGGUAAAUGGACACAAGUUCUGCUGUUGGCGAUCUUGUGCGGGGGAGCGUCGGAGUCAUCAGUCAUACUUAAACACCGAGAUUUCACAAACCAUUAAGCUUCCUCAGUCCUGACCUACCUACCUUGCACAAAAUAAAACCAUGACAUCCAGGCUCGACUCCAUUCUUGAAAAGUAUGUUGCCCAAGGCAACAACACGGCGAACAAGGUGUUGGGGGCAUCACUGGUUGUCGCGAAUGAAGAUGAGGUGAUUUACUUUGGCUCAGCAGGCCGCAUUAAAAUGGCCCCUGAUGCUCCUGCAUUUUCGACCGACUCUUUCAGCUUUGUCGCGUCUAUGACCAAAAUCAUCACCAUCAUUUGUGUCCUUCAAAUCGUCGAGCGAGGUCUCAUCGGACUGGAAGACGAUAUCCGCCCGCUGGUCCCUGAGCUGGCUUCGGCACAAAUUCUGAAGGGUUUCGACGAAGAAAAUGGUGGUGUCCCCAUCUUGGUCGAAAAUACAGUGCCCAUUACGCUGAGACAUCUCUUGACGCACACCAUAGGCCAAGGAUACGAUGUUGGUGACCCAGAUCUGUUGCGAUGGUCCCAGUACAUUGGGAGAACAGUCAAUGCAACCACCUCGACGCGGGAAGGCUGGGACACGCCUCUCAAAUUCGAACCAGGAACGGGUUGGUACUACGGCACUGCAAUCGACUGGGCGGGAUUUGCUCUUGAAGAGCUCACAGGAACAACACUUGGCGAAUACAUGCAGGAACACGUUCUCGAUCCACUGGGAAUGGACGAGACCACAUUUCAUCCGUUGAGACCGGAGAUCUGGGAAAAGGUCAAGGACCGAUACGUGGAAGUUUCUUAUCGAGCUGCGGAUGGUACACUAACCGAAGGACCACUCAUCACACCGCUUGAACCGCCUGUUGAAAGUGGUGGCUCUGGACUGUUUACAACAGCUGCUGAUUACAUCAAAUUCUUGCAAGCUUUGCUGCAGGACACAAAGGGCAAGGGUAACCUGCUGAAGAAAGAAACUGUUGACGAGCUUUUCCGGCCUCAGUUGAACGACAAACAGAAGGAGGACGAGGCAAAUAUUUUGAUCGGGACAGGUUUCGCACCGGAAUUUGAUGAGCUGACUGCCAGUGAGAUAAGCUGGGGGCUGGGUGGCGGCAUUAAUUUGGUGGAUCUGGCAACGGGAAGAAAGAAUGGAAGCAUGAUGUGGUCUGGGGUGGUCAACCCGCAUUGGAUUAUGGACCCGACUACCGGAAUCACUGCAACACUGUUUGUCAGUGUCUUGCCGUUUGGUGACCCAGUUCCAGGCAGGCUUUUCAAGGAGCUCGAGGCCGUCAUAUAUGGCGAGCUGCUGUCGGAAUGUUGA